CGCCCCGCCCGCUGACGAAGUGCCCCAGCCCGAAAGCACCAGCGAGUUCCUCCGGCGCUCUGCGGGGCUUGGUUGGGUAGCAGUCGGGUCUCCGGGACUCCGCGCGAGCGCUUCGGUUUCUUCAGCACUUUCUCGGGACGCGGAUUCUCUUUGGGCUGCUGUUAUUUUUCCUUCUUUUUGUCUUGUCCCUUGGCUUUCCACUUUUGCUUUCUUGUCACUUUCACUUCUUUCUUUCUUUCUUUCUUUCUUUCUUUCUUUCUUUCUUUCUUUCUUUCUUUCUUUCUUUCUUUCUUUCUUUCUUUCUUUCUUUCUUUCCUUCCUUCCUUCCUUCCUUCCUUCCUUCCUUCCUUCCUUCCUUCCAUCCUUCCUUCCUUUUCUUUUCUUUUCUUUCCUCCCUCCUUCCCACCCUCGUCCUGGCUGCCUGCUGGUUGCUCAAGAGGCAGGGAUGGGGGGCUGCCCAAGGGGUCUUCAGCCCCUGCCUCCCAGCUCCGGGCACCAAGCGCUCUUCCGCCCCCAGCAACGCUCACGAGAUGCAGAUCAAACAAGACCCAGCUGAGACCAGGACCCUUCACAUCCCGCCGGAGCCUGGCGAGAACCUGCGUCGCCUUCGAGGACGGAAACUCUUGCUGGGGGAAGAGAAGAAUCUGGCCGGGUGGUCGUUGCUGAUGGCCAUGUCGGGUAUCUUCCUGAUGGUGCUGCACACAGAGCUGGCCUGGUUCGGCCACUGCGAGUGGUUCGCUUACGCCUUCAUGACCAAGUGCCUCAUCACCCUCUCUACGGUGGGAUUAAUCAUCCUGAUCUUGGCCUUUCACGUCAAAGAGAUCCAGCUCUUCAUGCUGGAUAACGCCCUCACCGAUUGGCGAAUUGCAGUCAGCACUCCGAAACUGGCUCUCAUCAUGCUCGAGUUUUUAGUCUGCUCCCUUCACCCUUUCCCGGCGGGGGGUUUCUUUUGCCUGGAUCCCCAGCCGGAUCAGACCUUUGUCUUCCUCUCGGAUGUUGACAUGUUGCUCUCACUGGUGAUGUUCCUCCGCCUCUACCUGGUGCCUCGAGCUGUGCUGCUGUGGAGCAGCGUGCUAGGAGAUGCCUCUUACCGCAGCAUCGGGUCCCUCAACAAAAUCCACUUCCAGUACCCUUUCGUGUUACGGGUGAUGGUCAACAGCCAGCCGGGCCGUGUGCUGCUGAUCUUCACCAUGGGCCUCUGGAUCAUUGCUUUUUGGAUACUGUCCGUCUGUGAACGGCAGUAUAUGGAUGAGAACCAAUACCUGGGUGGGACAUUCUGGUUGAUUCCCAUCACUUUCCUGACCAUCGGCUACGGAGAUGUGGUGCCCGAAACAGUGUGCGGGAAAGUCGUGUGCUUGUUCACUGGUGUGAUGGGGGUGGGGUGCACAGCUCUCCUUGUGGCAGUGGCUGCCGAUAAACUGGAAUUCACCAGAGCCGAGAAACACGUCCAUAAUUUCAUGAUGGAUAUCCAGUGUGCUAAAGAGAUGAAAUGCUCAGCUGCCAAUGUACUGCAAGAAGCCUGGUUACUGCACAAGCACACCAAGAGGAAGGAUGGGCUAAGGACACGCAAACACCACCGGCGGCUGCUGGCAGCCAUUCACAUGUUUCGCCAUGUGAGGAUGAAACACCGCAAGAUCCGAGAUCAAGUUAAUACCAUGGUGGAUAUUUCUAAGAUGCAAAUGAUCAUGUGCGACCUCAGAUCCAGCCUCAGUAGCUCUCACCAGGAGCUGGAAAAACAGAUCGUGUCCCUUGAGGGGAAACUGGACGAGGUGACCAGAUUGCUUUCUGCCCUUGUGCAGUCCAAGCAACAGGAGGAGCAGCAGGUGCAUUGAUGGUCAAGGAGCGCCAGGUGGCCAUCGAGAGGAUUUUGAACUCUCAUUUUCUCACUCCUGGCUCAAGAUACGGACUUUUAGAACAUCCUACCUGCCAUUUUUUAUGGACUCCAUAAGCCAAAGCAGUACAUAAAGAAAACAACUGUCACUACAGCACCAUCUCGUGGUACCUUCAAGACACGACGAGCAUUAUAACUUUCUUUAGAAUGGCCGGCCGGCCAGAAAGCUAUAAAACCUGGUUUGCCGUUGUCGGUGAAAAUAUCUGCAAAGCCUUGGUUAUGGGUGGGUGGGUGGGGUGUCUUCUGGAUGAUGGAAACCAUACCCUGGUAUCCUCUCUUUGCUGAAGCAAAAAAAAAAUUGGACCGUGGGAGGAAGGGGAUGGAAACCACUUACGGGAUAGGAAAACGGCCAGAAACGUUACUUGAAACGGAAGAAAAGAAAAUCUCACCGCUGCGGAAUGCAAAGGUUCUGCCUUUGGUUUUGGGCAGAAACUUUUCCAGACGUGGCAGGAAUCAAGAUCUGCAGGAAGCAGUUGGUCAUCUACUGGCCAGAACUUCUCGAGGACGGAAGACGCCGUUCCGUUUUAAUUUUGACAGCUUGCCACCCGAUUUCGGUUGACUUGAGCUUUGACUGACAAGCUGCCUUACAGGCCGGGACGCUUGCCCUGUUCAGCGGGGGAGGGUUUCGUUUGUAAUUUUUUUCUUCUUUUUGGUAUAUCGGUGUGAAAUUCUCGACGCUACUUUAAGAAAUCAUACGACUUGAUCGGAGGGGCUUUUUUUGAGUUCCAAUCGUGCAUUUGGUGCAAGAAUCUAAAUUAAAACAUCUCUAACUGGAAGACCGGAUUCGGCCUUAGUGUGAACGGCGAAACUUGGGUCAGGGGCAGCAGUGAAAUCCAAUUUUUUUUACUACCGGUUCUGUGGCCAUGGCUUGGUGGGCUUGGCAGGGGAAGGAUACUGCAAAAUCUCCAUUCCCACCUUACUCCAGG